CGUGGUAAUUCUUUACGCAAAAGACUACAUUUCCCAGCAUUCAUUUCGGUGGGAAGUUCUUAUUCGCACGAAGUUGUGUUUAUUGAAACUAAAAACCACACAUCAUCUGAAACAGAAGCCGUGGCAAGUCAGUACUGAAAACAGACGGAUAAGCUAGCCUGCAGUUUAACACAUAAAAUGGGGACUGAACCUGGGCCAGUCCAAAUAGUGACAGUCAACAAAGAGGACCAUUCCUUUGACCUAGAUACAAAGGCACUCAGUCGAAUUCUCUUGGCACCUGAAGUCCGCGAUAAGAAUGUGGUGGUGGUGUCUGUUGCCGGUGCCUUCCGAAAAGGCAAAAGUUUUCUCUUGGAUUUCAUGCUCCGAUACAUGUAUAAGAAGCCUGGUGAGGACUGGCUUGGACAGGAGAAUGAGCCCCUGACAGGAUUCUCAUGGAGAGGAGGCUCAGAACCAGAGACCACUGGCAUCCAGCUAUGGAGUGAAGUCUUUGUUGUGGAGAAAAAAGAUGGAAGUGAGGUUGCAGUGGUUUUAAUGGACACACAAGGAGCAUUUGAUUCUCAGUCGACUGUAAAAGAUUGUGCCACUAUUUUUGCCCUCAGCACCAUGACCAGCUCUGUCCAGAUUUAUAACCUAUCACAGAAUAUUCAGGAAGAUGAUCUACAACAACUUCAGCUGUUUACAGAGUAUGGCCGACUGGCAAUGGAUGAAAUCUUUCUCAAGCCUUUUCAGUCACUUAUGUUCCUGGUCAGAGAUUGGAGUUUCCCAUACGAAUACAAAUACGGGUUCAAAGGAGGAAGUAAUUUCCUUGACAAACGUCUGCAAGUGAAACCGUCUCAGCAUGCGGAGAUCCAGACAGUGAGAGAGCACAUUCAUUCCUGUUUCACCUCCAUAUCCUGUUUUCUCCUACCACACCCUGGCCUAAAGGUGGCAACAAGCCCUGCUUUCAAAGGACAACUGUGUGAUGUGGCUCCAGAGUUUAAGGAUGAGUUGCGAGCUCUUAUUACACAUCUGCUGGAGCCUAAUGAACUGGCUGUGAAGGAGAUCAAUGGAAAUCAGGUGACCUGCAGAGGCCUGCUGGAGUUUUUUAAGGCAUAUAUCAAGAUAUAUCAGGGAGAGGACCUUCCACACCCCAAAUCUAUGUUAGAGGCUACAGCAGAGGCCAAUAACCUUGCGGCUGUCGCAACAGCUAAAGACCAGUACUACAAGAACAUGGAGAAGGUCUGUGGUGGUGAUCUACCUUAUGUGUCCCCUGACUCAUUGGAGGAAAAGCACCGUUUCUUCCUGCAAGAAGCCCUUCGUAACUUCAAUAGCACUAAGAAGAUGGGUGGACGAGAUUUCUGUAAACGUUAUCAGGAACAGCUGGAAGCAGAGCUGGCGGAGCUUUGGGUGUCUUUCAGUAAGCACAAUGAGUCCAAGAAUAUCUUCAGUGCAUUCCGGACACCUGCGGUGCUUUUUGUCUUGAUUUGCCUUCUGUAUAUGCUGUCAACACUCUUGCUCUUCAUCGGUCUGGGAAUGAUUUCCUUUGUAUGUGACUGUGUAAUCGGUCUGGCCAUGAUUGCUAUGGUGACCUGGGCCUUUAUUCGUUACUCUGGCCAAUACAGAGGAGUAGGCACAGCCAUAGACCAGGCUGCUGGGAUGUUGCUGGAACAGGCCACAGAUAUAUUGAACAAGACGAGAGGCCAGGGUCAGGUGGCUGCACAACAGAAGAAAACAAGUUAGCUUCUCAGGCAAACCCGAAAAUGCCAGAGAUGUAAACUGCACAGACGUGACCAAUAAGAUAAAAAUAAUGCACAUCUCCAACCAAAGCGCUUACAUAUCUACUUUUAAUGCAUGAUGACCUAUUUUGACAACAUAUUUAGAACCAGAUUUUUAAAUAUCAAUAAAAAUACGACCAAAAUUCACAAACCAGCAGGUAGUUUUUCAGGGACAGAUAUUUUAGCACAAGGGCUUUCCACAAAAUGUAGUGAUACGUUUACAGUUCAUUCCAGUACUGCCAAAGACGUUUGUAGUGUUACAAACAUCAUUAGCAGGUCAGGGUCACUGGUUUGCACUCUAUAGACAUGUUAUCUGUUUGUUUUCUUUAGCCUGGGAUACAUUUGUACAUAUACCAUUACUUCAUAAAAGCUUGUGCUUUGAAAAUGUUUAGUAUUAAAAAUGUAACUACACUUGUCUUAUGUGACCCAUGCAAAACCUUUAUUAUACCAAACUGUGGCCUUCUAUGCAUUCCAUCGAUAUCUUCCUAUGAUAUCUUCGAUAAAUCUUGUAAAUAAUUUGCACUUUGAUUUCAUUCAUACUAUUCAAUCCAAAAAUCAUUUAGUGCUGAACAUUUAUGAACGUAUUGAUAGAAAAGCCAAAGCAAACUGUUUUAACAGUGGAAAACCCAUUGUACUCUGUCUUCUUAUCCCGAAAGGUUUGUCCAUUGUUUGAUAUUUCCUUUUCAUUUUGGUAAACACCUGAUUUUUUUGUAUUUAAAGUAGUCUUGCAGUCAGCUUUAGUAGUGGUCUUUAAUGGUCACAGUAACAUUCCAUUUUAUUUGUUAUUAUUUAAUAUACUCCAAAUGUGUAAUAUAGUGGUGAACUUCCCUUUCAAAAAAAGCUCUGUGGUGGUACUUUGGUUACAUUAGUGGCAUAUGAUGGGUAAUACCAGGGUUUUUACGUGAUACACCAAAGUACUUCCUAAAAAAAAAACAUGGUACAUCUAAAAGUUCGCAGUUGUU